AUGUCGACAGCAACAGGAACAGCAACAGCAACGAAUUACACUGAUGAACCCUAUUAUACAAGCGAACAAAUACCUAUUCCACCUGAAUUGCCUGAUAUUCUUCUUCAAUUUUCUAAAGCUGCUAUCCGUACACAACCAACUGAUGUACUUGCUUGGAGUGCUGCAUAUUUUCGAGCAUUAGCAAAUGGUGAAACACCACCGGUCAAAGAACGUCUUGAAAUGCCAUUAGCUACACAAAAAAUUGAUACAGGUCUUUCAAUGGGUAUAUUAAAAAUAUUACAUAAACAACUUUCACCUAAAGGUAAAUUAUCAUUACAAGAAAUUCAAAAUAAAUGUGAUGAUUUAAAAAUUCCACGUGAACAAUUUGAUGAUAUUGUACAAAUUGGUGCAUUCAAUGGAGAAGUACAAUGGGAUUCGUUUCUUGCUAUUGCUGUAUCAAAAUUAGCUAAAAAUAUAACUGAUACAUUAACUAAAAUCUGCGAAUUACUAACAAGUGAUCCACCAGGUGCUAAUGCUCGUAUACCAUUUGAGCAAUGGAAAAAAUACUAUCGAUAUUUAGCUGAACUUGAUGGAGAUAUUAAGGAACAACAUAUGAAGCAAGUUAUCGAUUAUUUAGCUAAUGAAUGGGUUAUUCGACAAAAUGGCAUGAUUCAUCCAAGAAAUUUCAUUCACCCAGAAUGUCCCAAACUUGAAGAAUAA